UGGCGCGUCAUACUGCUACGUCACAGGAAGAAGUUGGAACAUAUCUUAGCGGCUGUGCGGGCUGGGAGACGUUCAGAGCUCUGUGGAUUGCCGAAGCAGCAACUUCGCAGGUUUCUUAAUCUUCAAUCAUCGUGCAGAAAUGGACUUCUGGGCAAUUCCUAUCUUCAAACACGGAAGGCCAACUGUAAAACCCGCAGCAGACUUCAAACCUGAAGAGGAUGCAGAAGCUCUGCAGAAAGCAAUGAAAGGUCUUGGGACUGACGAAGAAACGCUUAUUAAAAUUUUAUGCUGUAGGGCAAAUUACCAGAGAAUAGAAAUAGCUAAAAGCUUCAAAACUAUGUAUGGCAGGGAUCUUAUAGACGAGAUCAAAAGUGAAACUAGUGGCCACUUCAAAGAACUGCUUGCAGCGUUACUGAUUCAGCCUACACAUUACUAUGCUCAUGAACUUCACAGAGCUGUGAAAGGAUUAGGGACAGAUGAGACAUGUCUGAUUGAACUAAUGUGCUCUCUGAAUAACCAACAAAUUAGGAAUGUAAAAGAUAUAUAUGAGGAAUUGUUCAAAAACACGUUGGAGGAAGAUUUAGUCGAUGAUACUUCUGGAUAUUUUAAAAGGAUUCUAACGUCUUUGUGCACAGCUAGAAGGGAUGAAAGUCGUGAAGUUGACGUUGAAAAAGCCAAGAAAGAUGCAGAAAGACUUUAUGAAGCAGGAGAGUUGAUACUCGGAACAGAUGAAGCAACAUUUAAUGAAAUUCUAGCUUCUCAGAGUUAUCCACAGUUGCUUCAAGUUUUCUUGGAAUAUGAAAAUCUGACGGGGAAUACAAUAGAAACGGCAAUUGAUAAAGAAUUCUCUGGUUCGAUUAGAGAAGCUUUACUGGCAAUAGUGAAAUGCGUACGCAGCAAGAUAGACUUUUAUGCAGAAAGAUUUUAUAAAAGUAUGAAAGGACUUGGGACAGAUGACAAAGCAUUGAUCCGUCUGGUUGUCACUCAUUGUGAAGUAGAUUUAAUGAGUAUUAAAGAAUCCUUCCUUCUUCAUUAUGAGCAGUCUCUUGAAGCCUUCAUUGAAGACGAUACUUCUGGCGAUUACAGGAAAGCUCUACUAACUUUGGUUAAAGCAAGAGGAAAAAUGGCUUGUCCUGGAUUCUCCAGAUAUUCUGCCUUUCCGCAGGGACAACCAACAGUUUAUCUUGCCCCAGACUUUGAUCCAAGAAAAGAUGCUGAAGUUUUGCGUUUGGCAAUGAAAGGUCUUGGAACUGAUGAAAAAACAAUUAUUACUAUAUUGUGCAAGAGAGCUAAUGUGCAACGACUUGACAUAGCCCUAGAAUACAAAACACUUUAUGGCAAGGAUCUUAUUCAAGACUUGAAGAGUGAAUUAAGUGGGAAUUUUAGAAAUUUAAUAGUUGCUCUAAUGACCCCUCUUUCUGAGUUUUAUGCUCAAGAAUUACACAAUGCUAUGAAGGGUUUGGGUACAGAUGAAAACUGUUUAAUAGAAAUCAUGUGUUCUCUGAGAAAUUAUGAAAUUAAAAGAGUUUGCAAGUCUUAUGAGAAACAGUUCAAACGUCACUUGGAAAAUGAUCUUGUUGAUGAUACUUCUGGACACUUUCGAAGACUUCUAAGAUCUCUCUGCACUGCAAACCGAAAUGAAAAUGAAAUAGCCAACAAAGAAGCUGCUUUCAAUGACGUCAAAGAUUUAUUGCGAGCUGGUGAACUUCAGUUUGGAACAAAUGAACCAAUCUUCAAUGCAGUUCUGUGCUCUCGAGGCUUCGAACAAUUGUUGCUAAUAUUUGAAGAAUAUGAAAGAGUAACUGGUCAUACUAUAGAGAAAGCUAUUAAGAGAGAAUUUUCUGAUUUCUUUGCUGAAAGACUAUAUAAAAGUAUGAAAGGAUUAGGAACUGAUGACAAGACACUGAUUCGUAUAGUAGUAACUCGUUGUGAAGUAGACAUGGUGGACAUAAAAGCAGCUUUCUUUCGUCGUUACCAAAAAACUCUGGAAAGUUUUAUU